AUGCUCCGGAUCAGGGGCAAACGGACAGCGAGUUGCGCCACACGGCUCGAAGAUGCUCAGUGCUUCGCUAGUUCGGACGUUGGGGGCAAAUUGAAGAAUAAGUGGCUCGAGAGUGGCUAUAUCUGCCGAGCUAAAAUACCCAAAACUGAACCAGUUGGUUGGGACGAGGCCGAGGCGCGUCAUCGGCGAGUCAGCAUUCACUACAUGUGCUAUGGAAGCUACAUCCCUGCCCUCGAGGAAACCCGUGCCCUCCCGGGCCGGGUGAAAAACCCAUACCAACAAUCAAGGAACGAUGCGUUCUGGUAUUCGGCAGUCUCUCGUCCCUCGCCACACUCGCAGGCAGGAGUCAGAACCUCCGGGACUCCCCGUGUAAACAAGAAGUCCCGCCUCUUCUACUACCCUGUCCGUAUCGACGAUUCCCCCCGUCCAGCGCAUGACCGUGCCCGCGGCUCUCUCCACCGCCGUAGGCCCUUGAGGUUCCAAGGUUCGCGGUCGGCCCCUGUUGCCCCUCCUCGAGCUAAGUCUCUGCUGUAUCUUGCGGCAGGCGGUGAGGACAACACUCGCCGCCGUCUUCUUGCCGCCUUGACCGUCGUCCAGAUCGGGUCGUUGGAGUCGGUUUUCGAAAUCUGCAAGCCGUUUGUUUAG